GGGGUGUGGACAUUGUACGCUGUGGGCUGGGGGGGGGGGUGGGUCUGUGGACGGGGCCGCUGUGGACUCGGGGCCAGAGGUAGGAGCGGCCGAGGGCUGGCGGGCGGCGGCACCAUGUCCCGCUACACGGUGCAUGUCCGCGACGAGUGGCUGCUGGUGCCGAGCAGGGACGGCGCGGCCAGCGUGGACUGGCUGGGCCGGGAGGCGCUGCGCCGCUACGCCAUGAACAAGCCGGGCUACGGCUGCCUGAGCGAGGAAGCCGCCUUCACCGUGCGUCGGUGCCAGGGGCUGGCGCUGCUCGACCCUCACGACGCCCUGGCAGAGGUCCUGGAGAAUAACGACUUCGUGGAAGUGGUGCUGGAGGAUGAUGCCGUGUCCCCGGACUUCAGCCAGUGGAUGCCCGAACACCGGUCUUCCAUCUACCGGGAGCCCGAUGAGUGUAUUUAUUUAGAUGGAAAUCAUUUAACGAUAGAAGAACUAGUUCGUUUGGGAAAAGGACUUUACAAGAUCAAGAUCUCUGCAGAAGCUGAAGACAAAAUCAAACAGUCAAGAAUACUUCUGGAAAAUAUUGUGAAAGAAAAUAAAUUUGGGUACGGAAUAACAACUGGCUUUGGGAAAUUUAUCCGGAUUGUUAUCCCGCAUAAUAAGCUCAAGGAGCUCCAGGAGAAUAUUAUACACUCCACUGCUGUAGGUGUGGGCAAACCCCUCUCUCCAGAGAGGUGCCGGAUGCUGCUGGCUCUCAGGAUCAAUGUCCUCGCCAAGGGUUACAGUGGAAUCUCCUUGGAGACCCUCAACCAAAUGAUCCAGGCCUUCAAUGCUUCCUGCCUGUCCUUUGUGCCAGAGAAGGGUACUGUUGGGGCCAGUGGAGAUCUCGCUCCUCUGGCUCACCUUGCCCUCGGACUGAUGGGUGAAGGGAAAAUGUGGUCGCCAAAAAGCGGCUGGGCUGACGCUAAGGAUGUUUUACAAGCUCAUGGGCUCCGUCUGAUUUCACUGAAACCUAAAGAGGGGCUGUCGCUGAUCAACGGGACACAGAUGAUCACGUCGCUAGGCGCUGAGGCAGUGGAGCGAGCCGUGGCCAUCGCCCGCCAAGCGGACAUCAUCGCCGCACUCACGCUGGAGGUUCUCAAAGGCACCACCAGAGCCUUCGACAGCGAUGUCCACAAGCUGAGACCACACCAAGGACAGAUGGACGUAGCUGCUCGAUUGAGGUCACUCUUGGACUCCGACGUUCAUGCAUCUGAGAUAGCAGGGAGCCACAGGUUGUGUGAUCGUGUUCAGGAUGCCUACACCCUCCGGUGCUGUCCGCAGGCUCUCGACUACCUGGCCAUCGCGGUUCACGAGCUGGCUUCCAUCAGCGAGAGGCGCAUCGAGAGGCUGUGUAACCCGUCCCUGAGCGAACUGCCUGCCUUCCUGGUCAAAGAGGGUGGCCUGAACUGUGGCUUCAUGGUGGCGCACUGCACUGCUGCUGCAUUAGUAUCUGAGAACACGGUUCUGUGCCACCCGUCAUCAGUGGACUCGCUGUCCACCAGCGCUGCCACAGAGGACCACGUCUCCAUGGGCGGAUGGGCUGCCAGGAAAGCACUGAUGGUCAUCGAGCACGUCGAACAAGUGCUUGCUAUCGAACUCCUCGCCGCCUCCCAAGGUCUUGAGUUUGUCCGUCCCCUACGUACAACACAACCUUUGGAGAGAGUCCACCAAAUCGUCCGCUCACUGGUGAAGCCCUUGGUUAAAGAUCGAUUCAUGGCUCCAGACAUUGCGAUCGUCCAGAAGCUGCUGACCGAAGAGCAGGUGUGGCAAACUGUACAGCCGUACAUGCAACUCUACAAACUAGCUCACGCCCCACAAUAA